UGCGAAAUAACGUUCAUUGUAUCCACUUCCAAGAGCAGAAGUUUCAGCUGGUUGCCCUACAGCAGCUGGGUGUGCAUGCUGCAAGCUGCUCACCAAGGGAUGGAAUCCUACCCAUCUAUGAGCAGUGUGUGUCAUAAUUCAAGGGCUGGAAUCUCCAAGUACCGCUGCAAGCAAGAGCAUGACCACCCCAAGGAGACUGGAAAGUCAAAUUUGGAAGAUGGGAGUCUGUGGCAACUUGAACAAAGUCAAAGGAACAGGUGGGAGGGAUCAAGCAAGACAUUGGGUGGAUAAAACGGCUUCGCAUGCACAGAGCUGGCAGCAUGUUAACCUGAGGAAGAUUCAGGAGGAUCAAAAGCGAAUCAAUCAGAUUGAAAGAGACAAUAAGAAGCUCCUUGAGAACCUUGCUGCCAUCCAACGAGGGCCGGCAAAGGUGGAUUGUUGGAAUAAAUGCUUUUACAGAAGGUCAACAAGUGAUAAACAGAACAGGAAAAUAAUGACCAUCACGGUGGAAAAUCAUGGACUCCUGAAAAGGCUUGCUAACAGUAAGCCUACCUACGAUCAAAAGAAGUUUGAAAUGGAAUGGCAGGCACGUAGCUGAAUUUUUGUAUACCUCUGACAACUGGGGUUAAGGUAUCUUAAAGUUCUCAGGUAUGGAUGUACCUAAAGCCACCACAACUGAGUCCUGGGUUGAGUAAGUGAGUAAUAGGCAGGAGAUGAAGCGGAUGGGUAAGGGCAGGAAAAAAGGAUGAAGCGUACUUCCUUAGGUGUUGUGUUUGUUUAACAAUGCAUAAUUAGACUUGGUGAUAAAACCCAUCAAUCUUUUUUCCUUGGCAGAACAUGAGACAGUUUAAAUAGACUGCCAAACAAUGCUGCAUCUCCUCCCAAGAGACUGAGAGCACAAACCAGGCCUGGCCUUGACUCGGUGUUGUCUGAAUUGGAAUCUUGUCCUGGAAACAGACAUCUGUUACGUGUGCCUUUUCCUGAGACUGUCAGAAUAAAGAGGAGAAUACACAGAA